UGCCAAGGGUUGUCUGCUCUACUUGUGUCGCAGAGGUGAAGCAUAACAAGCGGAGGACUUUCAGAGACAACUCGGCUACAACUUCGACCACUAGAAUUAAAACCGGUCGUCCACAAACUUCAACUACUGGAGGUAGAGGAGUCAUUCCAAUGGUGCAGGCAAUGCUCGGAAGCUGAAUUUGGAAAUAUCGCCUCAUAGAGCUGUUCAUGUUGCCUAUGUAGCAGUACUGCAAUAGCAAUAAACUAUGAGCGCGGGAAGUUUAAGUUCUCUAUGUACCAUGUGGUGAUGGGGUUUGCCGUUGAUUAUGGACUCCCCAGUUGCUACUUACUACACUUUAUCACCUUCCCUAUAUGAUUCAUAAACUUGUUAACUGUACUUCUGCAUUCUAAUAAUUAUUUGGAAAUUAUGCUAAACUGGUGAAAAAUUAUAAACAGCCUUGUUUUAUAUCCUUAAAUAGUGUCUGCUGUGAGAUUGAUGCGGAUUGAGCUUGGUGGUGCAUUUGCUGACCUGUUGAAUGAGCAAGGCAAGGGUUCAGGGGAUAAUGAGAUGGGAUAUGUUGAGAGAACUCUUGGCUUCCGUACCCGUCAUCUAGAAGAUAGAGAUCUUCGGCUGGUUACAGAAAUUGUUGGGGGUACCACCCGUUGGAAAAGAUACCUUGAUCAUUUGAUUCUUUCCCUUUGUCAUGAUGAAAACACCAUCAGAAAUAUGGAACCUCUUCUACUUCAGAUUCUUCGAAUUGGUUUUUAUGAGAUCCUAAAGCUUGAAAUGCCUCCAUAUGCGGUUGUUGAUGAGAAUGUGAAGCUUGCAAAAGCUGCACUAAGAGUUGGUGCUGGUAAUAUGGUUAAUGCGCUAUUAAGGAAGCUAGUGUUGCUUAAGGAGAAAAGCUUGCUCCCCGAACCAAAAGUAGAUGGUGAUGACAGGCAGCGAGCACGUGCCUUGGCCACCAUUCAUUCUCAUCCUGUUUGGAUGGUGAGACGAUGGAUUAAUCACCUUGGUCUUGAUGAAGCUAUCAAGUUUAUGACAUGGAAUAACACUGAUCCUGGUUUCAGCAUCAGAGCAAACACAGGUAAAGGCUUCACAAGGGCAGAUCUUGUUGGAGAACUUGAAAAGUUAAAGGUUCCGUAUGAACUUUCUCAGCACUUGGAUGAUUUCGUUCGCAUAAGAACGGGGAUGCAGGUUAUCAUACAAGCUGGAUUACUGAAAAAGGGUUUCUGUUCAGUCCAGGAUGAGAGUGCAGGAUUGGUGGUUACAGUUGUGGAUCCAAAACCUGGUGAUAGCAUUAUUGACUGUUGUGCAGCCCCAGGCGGAAAGACUCUUUUCAUGGCCUCAUGUCUGAAGGGCCAAGGUAGCAUAAGCGCAGUUGAUGUAAACAAAGGCCGAUUGAGAAUCCUCAAAGAGACAGCCAAAUUGCAUGAACUUGAUCAAGUUAUCACUACCAUUCAUGCUGAUCUUCGUGCACUUGAUAGUAAUUGCUUGAAAGGUGAUAAAGUUCUGCUGGAUGCUCCUUGUUCUGGGUUGGGUGUACUAUCUAAGAGAGCAGAUUUACGCUGGAAUAGGAGACUGGAAGACAUGGAAGAACUUAUCAAUUUGCAAGAUGCACUUCUUGAUUCAGCUUCAAACUUGGUAAACCCUGGUGGAGUAUUAAUAUACAGCACCUGUUCAGUCGAUCCUGAUGAGAACGAAGAAAGAAUUGCUGCUUUUCUUCUGAGACAUCCGGAAUUCUAUGUAGAUCCGGUAGACAAAUACGUGUCUCCCCAAUUUGUCAGUGAAGGCGGAUUCUACAGCUCCAAUCCUGUCAAACACUCGCUCGAUGGAGCCUUUGCAGCUCGCCUCUUAAGAUCUACCUGACUUUACGGUUUUAGACAAUCAUUCGAGAAGAAUUACUCUCAGGAUGCAACUUCUCUGGAAGUAAAGUUGAAAGCUCAAGAUCUGAUAUUUCCUGGUUAAGCAAUUCUAAGCCCCUCUGAUCCAUUAUACACAAAGUUGGUAUGGAGGAUUGCAUUAGUUGAACGAAGCGCUUAAACCAGAGAGAAAUCACAAGAGAUCCCACCAAACUCCCUACUUGUGGAGAAGGGAAGGGAAGGGAAGAGCUUAAACAGUAACUAAAACCCACUCUUCGGGUCGGGUUGGAUUAUUCGACAUAACAAUGGAAAGCUGCUCACUUUUAGAGCUCAGAAGAUGCUAAAAAUUGGAACUUUGGGCUCUAGCUCAAAUAUAGACAGUAACUAAUGUUUAAUUUAGGAUUCAAUGUUAGGUAUGUAUUUUCCAGUUUGUAACACUGUCCCACAGUUGUGGCAGCAUUUGAAUUCACAUCUUCAAAAAAAUAGCUAUAAUCAAUCUAUCAAAGAAUCA